AUGAUACUCCUGCACUCAAACACCUGCCGAUGAGGACAUCUCAGAACUAUGUUCCCGGGCCAAACCUCCACUCACCGUUCACGGAGGUGAGCAUGAUGGAGCAGAGCUGAUGACUUUCUCUAAGCUUCCAGGACCCAGCCCACAACUGCUGAGGAAGCCACGCAGCUAGCUGUGCACGGAGUGGGAACUCUCUGUCAACCUGAAAGUGCCUGCCUGCGUGUGGGUCCUGGCUUCUGUGUGUCUCUGACACCGCCUUCUGGCCACCCUGAGGAAGGGAAGUUGAACAGGCCGAGGCCCACACUGCUGCCUGCCUCUGCUCCAGCUAGGAUGUGGCUCUGCCGCACUCUCCUCUGCAUGACCAGCCUUGUUCCUCUGGUGGCCUUCAAUGUGGAUGUGGCCCGGACCUGGGUGACUUCUGAGAGAGGCACACCCUAUGUGCUCAGCUCCCUUCUGCACCAAGACUCCAGUACCAACCAAACCUGGCUCCUGGUCACCAGUCCUCAAACCAACAGGCUAACAGGCCCCCUGCACCGUUGUUCCCUCAUCCAGGAUGAGAUUCUUUGCAAACCAGUAGAGCACGCCCCCAUCUCAAAGAAAAGGCAUCAGGGAGUGACAGUUGUCCGGAAUGACCACAGUGUUUUGAUCUGCAUUCAAGUGCAGUCCCGGAAGCACCACAGCCUCAUCUCAGAACUCACAGGCACCUGCACCCUAUUAGCCAACAACUUCCAACCCCAGGCCCAGAUCUACUUCUCUGACCUUGAAAAUCUCCUUGAUCCCAACACACACGUGGAUGCCAGAGACUGCUACAGGAACCAGAAUGGCAGCAUAGAGAAGAGAGCCCGGUGGCGCCGGGCUCUGAAGCCACAAGAGGAGGAGGAGGACGACUAUGCCGACACUGAAGCAGGUGGCACCGAGAUUGCCAUCAUCCUAGAUGGCUCAGGAAGCAUUGACCCCCCAGACUUCCAGAGAGCCAAAGACUUCAUCUCCAACAUGAUGAGGAACUUCUACGAUAAGUGCUUUCAGUGCAGCUUUGCCCUUGUGCAAUAUGGGGAAGUGAUCCAGACUGAAUUUGAUCUUUGGGACAGCCAGGAUGCGGCGGCCUCCCUCGCCAAAGUCCAGAACAUCACUCAAGUGGGGAAUGUCACCAAGACUGCUUCUGCCAUACAGCAUGUCCUAGACAACAUCUUCACGCCAAGCCAGGGCUCCAGAAAAAAGGCAUCCAAGGUCAUAGUGGUACUCACCGAUGGGGACAUAUUUGGGGAUCCACUCAACCUCACGACUGUCAUCAGUUCCCCAAAGAUGCAAGGUGUUGAGCGCUUUGCCAUUGGGGUGGGAAACGCAUUCAAGAAUAGUAAGACCCGCAAGGAACUGGAGCUGAUUGCCUCAGACCCCGAUGACAGACAUGCAUUCACAGUGACCAACUAUACAGCACUGGAUGGACUGCUGAGCAAACUGCAGCAGAAUAUCAUUCACAUGGAAGGCACCAUUGGAGAGGCCCUCCACUACCAGCUGGCCCAGAUCGGGUUCAGUGCCCAGAUCCUGGACAAGGGGCAGGUGCUGCUCGGUGCCGUCGGGGCCUUUAACUGGUCAGGGGGAGCACUGCUCUACAACUUGCACAGCCGCCGGGGUCGCUUCCUGAACCAGACCACAACAGAUACCAAGAUGGCACAGUACAGCUAUCUAGGUUACUCAGUGGCCCUGCUGCACAAGGCCUGUGGCAUCUCCUAUGUGGCAGGGGCUCCACGGUACAAGCAGCGGGGGGCUGUGUUUGAGCUCCAGAAGGAGGGCAAAGAGACCAACUUCGUGCCGGUGCUGGAGGGAGAGCAGAUGGGAUCCUAUUUUGGCUCAGAGCUGUGCCCUGUGGAUGUUGACAUGGAUGGGACCACAGACUUGUUGCUGGUGGCUGCUCCCUUCUACCACAUUCAUGGAGAGGAAGGCAGGGUCUACGUGUACCAUCUGACCAAGCAGAAUGGUUCCUUGUCUUUGGCACACACGCUGAGUGGGUACCCUGGAUUCACUGAUGCCCGAUUUGGCUUUGCCAUGGCAACGGUGGGGGAUAUCACUCAGGAUAAGCUCACCGAUGUGGCCAUUGGGGCCCCCCUGGAGGGUUUCAGGGCAGACGAUGGCACCAGCUUCGGCAGCGUGUACAUCUACAGUGGACACUGGGAUGGCCUUUCUACCACCCCCUCUCAGCGGAUCAGAGCCUCAGAGGUGGCCUCAGGACUCCACUACUUCGGCAUGUCAGUGGCUGGUGGCUUAGAUUUCACUGGUGACGGCCUUGCUGACAUCACUGUGGGCACUCUGGGCCGGGCAGCGGUGCUCCGCUCAAGACCUGUGGUUUACCUGAAUGUGUCCAUAACCUUCACCCCCAUGGCACUGCCCAUUGGCUUCAACAGCAGUGUGAAUGCUUCUUUGUGUUUUGAAAUCAGCUCUCUGACUACAGCUGCUGAGUCAGGCCUCAAAGACACAGUUCUGAACUUCACAUUGGAUGUGGAUGUGGUGAAGCAGAGGAAAAGGCUGCAAUGUUCAGACAAGAGAAUUUGUCAGAGCCACCUUAGGGAGUGGGACAGCAGUGUGUCCCAUCUUUGUGAGCCCUUCCUGCUCAUUCCCACAGAGGGAAAGCUCUGUGAGGAGGACUGCUUCUCCAACAUCAGCGUCAAGGUCAGCUACCAACUCCAGACCUCAGAGAGCCGGAGGGACCAUCCCCGCCCCGUUUUGGACCUCUACACUGAGCCCUCCAUCAUCUUCCAGCUACCCUAUGAGAAGAACUGCACGAAUAGGCUGUUCUGUGUUGCCAAGUUACAGAUGGCCAUCGCCACCUCUCGGCAGGAAUUGGUGGUGGGGCUCACCAAGGAGCUGACUAUGAACAUCAACCUAACUAAUUCCGGGGAAGAUUCCUACAUGACGAGCAUCACUCUGAAUUACCCCAGAAACUUACAGGUGAAGAGGAUACAAAAGCCUCCUUCUCCAGACAUUUGGUGUGAUGACCCUAAGUCAAAUGCUUCUGUGCUGGUCAUGAACUGCAAGAUUGGUCACCCUAUACUCAGCAGGUCGUCUGCAAUCUUUUCAGUAGAUUGGCAGCUAGAAGAGAAUGCCUUUCCAAACAGGACAGCCAGUAUCAUUGUGACAGCCACCAAUCUCAAUGAAAAACAGUCCUUGGUCAGAAAGACCCAGAGCCUUCGGUUCAAGCAUGCCUUCACUGCAGUUCUUCCCAAACCGUCAGUGAUAUACGUGAACACAAGCCAGGGGCAUUCUGUUUACAAAGAAUUCUUCUUCAAUAUACACGGGGAAAAUCUCUUUGGAGCCGAAUUCCAGCUGCAAAUCUGUGUUCCAAUCGAAUUACAAAAUCUACAGAUUAUAAGAGUGCAAAACCUGACCAAAAUUCAGGACGACACUGUGUGCAGCCAGACUCAGGAGGAAAGUUGCAUGAGCGAUCCCGUUCAGCGUGUGGGAAAAUGGCAUUCAGUGAGCUGUGUCAUCACUUCAGAUAAGGAGAACGUAACGGUGGCUGCAGAGCUCUUCUUGAGUAAAUUUGAGCAGUUACUAAGAGAUGUAACUGAACUGCAGAUUCUUGGUGAAAUAUCUUUCAACAAAUCUCUGUAUGAGGGGCUGAAUGCAGAGAACCACAGAACUAAGAUCACUGUCAUCUUCCUGAAAGACCAGGAGUAUUACGCUUUGCGGCACAUCGUUAUGAGCUGUGCUUGUGGCCUUCUGCUUCUGACUGUGAUUGUCAUCAGCCUGUUCAAGUGUGGCUUUUUUAAAAGAAAAUACCAGCACCUGAACUUGGAUGGCACAAGGAGGGCCCCGCUGAAAUCAGAGAGCCUGCUCACAGAAGAAAACUAGGACCCGCUUCCUCAUCCGUUGGGAGAGAGCAUCAGCCAGUCCUUCACGUUCUGGAGGCUUGGCGUCGUUACUUUUUUUUAAGAUGACCUGGAGCAGAAUCGAACAAAUUGUUAAUGGAAUAGUGUUUUUUAACCAUACCUUGUCCCUAAAGUGUCUGUGUGUUGUGUAGAAAAUAAACUUGGGAAACAUUUGAUAUUAAAUUAAAAACUUUUCUUUAAAGAAGUGCCUUUAAUA